CACGAGCACGAGCAAGAGCCGGCACGAGCACCAUGUGCAUGCUUUGGUUUUGGAACCCUUCCAAUCCGCAACAACCGAGAUCUUGGCCAUCAGACCAUGCUUUGAGAGGCCGCGAGGUGACGAGCAAGCCGGCCAUGGUCGAUCCGGAAGGAAGAAGCCGAGCGACGGAGCGGCUUCGUUCGCGGGACUUGGAUGGCAUCGCCCAGUUCAUGGCGGAUCAUGCCCGGCAUGUGGUGGUGCUUUGUGGAGCAGGGAUUUCCACGAGCGCCGGAAUCCCGGACUUCAGGUCGCCGGGUACCGGCUUGUACCACAACCUACAACGUUUUGAUCUACCGGAAGCUGAAGCGAUCUUUGACUUGAAGUACUUCCAGAAGCAUCCGGACGCCUUUUACGAGCUGUGCAGAGAGAUGUGGCCAGGGAACUACGCUCCUACGGCAUGUCACUAUUUCAUCCGCCUCCUCAGUGACAAGGGCAUCCUACAGAGGUGCUACACUCAGAACAUCGAUUCUCUGGAGCAUGCGGCCGGGAUCCCGGCCGAGCUGCUGGUGGCGGCACACGGCAACUUCGAUGCGGCACACGUGGUGGACGACAACGUCGGACUGGCCUCGAGCUAUGAUGUGGACAUCACAGAGCUACAAGAUGCCCUCCAUGAUCCCGGGGAUGAGGGAUGGCAGGAACUACGAGAACAUCACGGCGGAUUGGUGAAGCCCAAGAUCGUCUUCUUUGGGGAAGAGCUGCCGAAGCGCUUCUUUGAGCUACACAAGGCGGACUUGGCGCUGUGUGAUCUUCUCUUGGUCAUGGGAACCUCUUUGCAAGUUUCGCCCUUCAACACCUUGCUGAGCCUCACCUCUGACAAGCCCAGGUUGCUGAUCAACCGGGAGGCGGUCGGCUCAUGUGAUGAAUUGGCUGGUGGCUUUUGCUUCCAAGCUGACAGUGAUGGGCAGGACGUCUUCUAUCAAGGAGAUUGUGAUGCGGGUGUGGAGGCCUUGGCUGAGAGGCUGGGAUGGUUGAAGGAGCUGCAAGAGCUCGUCGCACUGGGCCAGAAGGAAGCGGAGGAACUGCAGCACUCGGAAAAGCUGCCAUCACACUCGGUCUUUUCUGAGGAGUGCCACUGAUCUCGCUUUUUCAAAGUCCUGGCAACGCGGCAACGCUUGGGAUGAAACGGACACUAGAAUGAACUAGUUUUGCUUGAGAGUCUGGAACUGCGG